AAAACACAGAAAAUAAUUCAGAUAAUACAAAAACAAAAGAAAGAAAAAUGAUAAUAUAAUCACAUGAAUCAUGCCAUGUGCUUGCUUACACACUCCAUGCAUAUAGAGAUCCUUUAAUUCUUCCGCAAACUUCUCUUACACUAACAAAGCAUCGUUGUUCCAAAAAUAGAUGCGCCUUUGUCUCUCUCUUUCAAAUCUCAAGAAGCUUCAUCGUCUUCGGAUCUCACAUUUCCAUUUCUUUUCUUUUUUUUUCAUUUUCUUUAUACUUUUUCUAGUAUAGUUCUGAUAAAAUCUGACUCAAGACAUAUCCAAAGAGAAGGUGUUUUGCUAAGUCACUUCAAACAAUCUUACAAAACAUUUAUGACAAUGUCAGAAAGAUCUUUGAAGAUGGUGGUAAGGGAUAACUCUCAGGUCAACUCAUCGUCGAGAAUCUAUUACUACGGUGGAGCUUCCGUGCCCUUCUUGUGGGAGACACGGCCAGGCACACCAAAACACCCUCUUUUCUCUGAGUCAUUUCGUCUUCCGCCGUUAACGCCACCUCCUUCAUAUUACUCCUCCUCCUCCUCCUCCUCUUCCUCGGAGAACAAAGUCGCCAAAGUUAGAACGAAACAAACUCGGUUCGUGAAGACCUUGUUCAACCGCAAGCAUCACAUGUCGUGUCCUUCGGUUUCUUGGUCGUCUACAACAUCAUCUUCUUCCUCUUCGUUCUCUUCCUCGUCGUCUCCUAGGUCUAAUACAGUGCAUCGUCCCAACAAGUGUUACCUUUCUUGCUCGAGAUCGUACGUUAAGGACGACGAAGAGGAAGAGAAUGGUUCAUCUUCGCCUACGUCAACGUUGUGUUAUAAAAGAGGGUUUAGUAUGAAGAGAGCUUUGUGUUCUAUUCUAAGCCAUAAAUCUAGUCGUAAUGAUCUUAGAUUUUGAUUUAAUGGCAUGUUGUCUUGAUUUAGUUGUUGUUAUAAGCAUAUGAUCUUUGAUUUUAAAGUUCUGUUUCUUUUGUUUCUUUUCUUUUUGUGUGUGUGUUUUUCUUUUGCGUCUUUGAACACACAUAUUAGUGUUUGAUUGUGUUCGAUGCUGAUGUUUACAUGUUUUGAUUAUAUAUUCGGUUGCUCGUUGUUGUGAUUUUGCAAAUUAUAUUGUCUUGAGUUUAUGUAAUUUGAGUGAAUCGUUUUGGUACGCUUAAAAUACUAUUGAAUGAUG